AUGUCACGACCUACGGUGCUGUUAAUAAAUGAUAAUUUUCCGAAAAAAGCCAUCGAUUUGUUACGUACGAGGUAUUUAGAAUAUAUUUUUUGGUUAUCAUUAAAACGCAAUCAUAAUAAUAUAGGUAACAUAUUUUAUUAAUUCAAUAAUUUGUUGUUGUAAAUGCGUAACUAUGCUGUUCAUAACGUUCAGUAGUCAUAUAUUUAUUUAUAUUUUUUUUACAUGUUUAUUGAAAUUUAUUUGCAUCUCAAAAGUCCUUCAGUAAAUAACGAGUGAUAAGUUACAUAUAAACAAUGUAAUUUACCUAUCCGAUUUGAAUACAGAGAUUUUUAAUAUUAAUCUAGAUAUGCAUAUUACUAUAUUAAUUAUAUUUUACAAUUUCAAAGGAAAAACGGGACCGACUGGUCAAAUUGAUGGGUUGAAAUAAUUUUUAAACGGGGACAUCAUAGAAAAUAUCUCGCAUCAUAUUAUUAGUAACGUGUUGAACAUUAAAUAGACGUAUAAAGCGUUUUUAUACGAACAUUGACAGUUUUUACUUCUUUUCGUGUUUUUUUUUUCUUUAGUGCUUAUAGGUAUAGUAUCUAUGAACAUUAUUAAUUUUACAUAAGAAUAUAAAUUUAAAUUUAAUGUAAUCUAAUGUUAAUGUAAUUUUCCAUUAUUCGAUUAAAUACAAAUAUGUAUUUUGUAUUUGAAUAGUAAAAAAAAGAACUUAAUUAUUAUUAAAUUCACAAGAAAAAAAAAAAGACCGUGAUAUUUUUAUCAGCUUAUACCUUAUACCAUUUCAAACAUUUUCUCGUUUUUUUCCAAAUUUUCUGUAAAAAAUUGUGGGAAAAUCGAAAAAUAACCUCUCUAAAGUACCUCCCCAGUCAGAUUCCUUUAAAAAAAAACUGCUGUCAUUGUAAAUCGGAGCGAAAUUUCUGGUAGAAAAACUAUUUACAGGAAAAAUAAGGUUUAAAAAAGGUGCUUAAACUAAAAAUUGGAACAAGAUUUUUUGUAGAAAAGUUGUACAUAGAAAAAAAAAUGAACAUCUUUGUAAAACUAUAAGCGUCUUUGCUCCACUCAGAAUCUAAAAUAACGAUAUUUCAAAAUAUGUAAUAUCGAACUUCGCUCCAAAUUGUUUUUCGUUAGCAAUGAUAUUUGUCGUUGCGUUCAAAUAUAAAUUAAACAACUCCUUGUAUCCUAUCUUCCCAACUAACCACCUACAACAGAGACAUACUCGUCCUCAGUAUCAGUUCUUUUAGAUGCUGAGUGAAAAAAGAAAUGUAUUGGUUUUACAAUGAUGUUUAUUAUAUUUUUUUUUAAACCUGUGAACAACUUUUCUACCAGAAAUUUUGCUCCGAUGUUCAGGUGUAACACAUUUUAUGAAAGCAAAUCUGACUGGGAUGGUACUUUAGGGAGGUUAUUUUUUGAUUUUCCCAGGGGUUUUCAUAAUGUAUGUGAACAAACGUGGAAAAAACGGGAAAUUUACGAAAUGUUUCAAAUCAAAAAUAUGGCCUUUAAAACAUGUUUAACCGAACUCCACUCAGAAUCGUUUUUUGUUAGCAAUGAUUAAUCUUUGCUUAUAGAUAUACAUUUAAUUUCCCCCUUACCUUCUCAACUUUUCCUUUAUAACAGUGGUGUACCCUUCGUGCGAAGUAUGUCUGUUUUUAAUACUGUACAUAAUAUACAGAGUGAUUUUUUUUAUUAUGAACCAGCAAUUAUCCCGGAGUUUUUUUAGUGAAUUUGAUUUUUGUUUUUUCUAAUCGUGAAAUCGUUCAAACUUUAUUUAAACCAUUUUAAAUUUUUUACCCCUACUAUAUAUACCUUAAAUAAGUACAUACUUUUGAUUUUUAAAUAGGAAACCCCCCCCCUUUUGAACACAGAUUUGAAUAGAGAAUUUUUUUCUAGAAACUUUGAUGUGCCUAACACUAAUAUCAGAUUUACUGUUUAUGAGUUAUAACAGUUUAAAGUUUAGACCUCUAAAUACCUGGGAAUCCAGGUUAUUUAGACUCCUUUGAUAACUAGUUCUCCUGCAGUCAAUUAGAUCCACGGAGUAUGGAUUACAAUGUGUGUAGUUUUUUCCAGUAAUUGAUCAAUAUAUUUUAAGUUAUAAAAGUAUAUUAAUAUAGAUAAAAUCUAAAUGUCGUCCAAGGAUAAUGGGGACGGGUGCAGCCGCUGUUAUAGAUAAUGUAAUGUUUACAUGUAAGCAACGAUAAACCACUAUUUAUGAAAAAACAAUUCUGAGCGGAGUUCAGUUGAUAGUGAUGUGUUGUCAACAAUAUAUGUGCCAUUUUAUAGUAAAAUAAUUAAAUAAGCUUGCAUAUUUUUUUUAAUAAUAUUUGUUUAAUAUUGUACCGAUUUUCCCAGUUUACCUAUACGUUUUUCCCGGUUUGCCAUGUUUUAUCUUGAUUUUUCACUUUAAUUUUUACAUAUUUUCCCGGUUUUCUUCCGUUUUUUUUCGGUUGUUUAAAUUUGAGAAGAAAAUCGAAAAAUGACCUCUUUAAAGUACCUUAGAAAAAUUGCUAUCGUUAUAAGUUGGAGAAAAAUUGAUGGUUGAAAAGUUGUGUACAGGAAAAAAAAAUCGCCACUGAGUUUAUACACAGUUUAUAAAUGUGUAGUAAAUGUAUAAUGUGUAUAAUUCCAAUUUUCAUUUCACGAUUUAUACUGCUCGUGCAAAUAUAUUGUGUAAUACUUGUUAAACUCGACAUUGCGUUUUAUUAAAUUAAAAUUAAUUUUUUUUUUUUUUUGAAUAUGGUUACGAAUACAUUUUUGAAUCUUUUUUUUUUUGGUUUUUGUGAAUGCAUUCUUUGUGGAAAAAAUUAAUUUUAUACGCAAAUUCAUUCGAUUUUGAACUCAAUGAAUGUAAAUGCGAAUGCAUUUAUUUUUAAACGAAUGUUUCAAGCCCUGUAGGUAGUGUUGAAUCCAUGUAUAUCCGUAUAUGAAUCCAUAUAUGUCAUAUACUCAUAGUUCAGAGGAGUGAUAGCUCACCCCCGGACUUUUGUUUGCCCCUCUGUGUAAAUGAAUAAUUAAUUAAAAAACUAAACAAAUUUGACUGGUCUUAUAGUAACAGGGUAGAUUAACAACUAGCGUAAUAUUAUAAGUAAAUUCAUGGUCGGUUAUCGAAUGUUUUGUUUUUGAAAUAUUUUUAUAUUUUUAAAAAACGGUAAAGAAAUAGUACACAUUAUCAACAUGUAGGUAACUUACUUGUGAUAAUUACAGAUUCGACUUGGAGGUGUGCAAAUCAAGUAAAGGCGAUGGAUUUAUAAACACUCAAGAUAUUGUCGAUUGUGUUCCCGGAAAAUUCGCGAUUUUCUGUAUUUCUAGUACUCAGAUAAACGAACAGAUCAUAAAAGCUGCCGGUUUGUGAUUUUCUAUAAUCUAUAACAUAACCGAAUUAUAUAUUGAAUUUUUCAAUUUUGAACUACCUAUUUAUAAAUGUAAAAAAAGCCAUCUGAUACCUAGGUGUAUAUACUGCCCAUCUGUAGGCUACUGUUGUAAGUGUGAAGACUGAGAAGUUAGGGUAAUUUAGUUUAAAUCCUAAAUUCAACAAAAGAUUAUUACAAACAUAAUACCUACGAUUUCGAGUGGAGCUCCAAAUAUAUGAAUGAUUCACAAUAUUUGAUUAUAAAAUAUAAGUUGUAUUUUUAAAUUGUUACAAUUUUUUACCCAUUGUUUGCAACUUGAAAACAAUUAAACAACAUUUACCAAAAAAAAUGAACUACAUACAUUUGUAUUAUAAAUAUUAAAGACAUGUGAAGUAAGUGAUUAAAACUUAAAAGUGAGUAUCUUUCGGAAAUCGAUGAAAAGACCUAUAUUCUACAAAUUCGUUUGGUUAUACCGGUAUAAAUUUCCUUUUGAUAAUCAUUGUGAUGUAAAAUAAAGAAAUUCUUUGGUGAUACCGAUUCAAAAUUUUUGUUAUACCUACCGGUAUAGUUUUUCUGACCCGCCUCGCGACAUGGGUCAAAUAUUUUAUACCGGUAUAAUCCUUAUUCUUUCUUAAUGUUCCCAUCGCGAUGGGCGAGACCCGUUUCGGCCAAAACAACCUUUCCCUUUCGGUCAUUCUGUAAUAACGUUAAUGUUAUUCGCCCUAUACACUAUUUUGGUCAUAAAUGUAAGAUUUUUAAAUUAAAAAAACCAAAGUACAUACAAAUAUAAACAAAUUAAAUUACGUUUCUAUUUUGUUUUAAUAUAGUAGGGUGAAUGAUUAUAUUUUUUUACAAAUUUCCUUUUUUAUUAUAGUUAAUUUAGGUACAAUUGAAAAAAAAUAUAUGAAAUUAAUUCGUAUGGGUCGUAUUCGAUCCGUAUGGGACAUGGCAAUAAUAAUAAUAUAAAAAAUUUAAAACAAAAUUUGAAAAAAAAUAAAAAUGUAUACAAUUUUUACAAAUAGAUAUAAUAUAUUCAUUUUUUUAUAAAUAUAGUACGAGCGCUUAAUAAGUUCUAUACGCGCAAUUUCACCUUUUUGAUAUAUUGUUGAUAGGAUUUUUAUCUUGGCAGUUCCUAACUUUUAAAUCUUUUGGACAUUUUGAGAUGCCCACACUUUGCAAUUUGAUGUAAGUUUCUUUUUGGAAUUCAUUUAUAACACUUAACCAAUACAUAAUUGAAGAGAAGUUUUUGUAGAAACUUUGAUUGAAAUGGGAAUGGAAAGACUUGCAUGCAUUUGUCGUUUUUGUUAAAUCAGAAUUCCUGAUGCCCAAAUAAUAGGAGAAAAUAUGUUUUUUUCACUAAUAUAAGUGUCUGUUAAGUAGUCACAGUACAAAUCUUAAUCUUAUAUAAUCAGGACGAAUCGACAUUAAGUUCUCAACAAAAUAAUCUUCUACAUCUACUGGGUUCAAAAAUAAUAAUUUCAAAAUAUAUUUUAUCCAAUUUCCUAUAUCGGAAGUAUUGUUUUUAUAUUCAUUGACCAAUCCUAAGGUUUGAACUUGAUGAAACCAAGACUGUUAGAUGAAAUCUACAGCCAAUAAUUUUUGAAUUGGGCCAUACUUAUCUAUUACAGCUUUGUGUAUUGAUAUCUCAAAAUCGACUGUCACAAAUUUUGGGGAAAAUAAUAAAUUGAAUUUACUACAAAUACGUUGAAGCGUAAAUGUAUAAGUUUCCAAUGGCUUGUUUGGAAAUAGGCAAAAAAUAAGAUAUUUCCAAUUUCCCGCUUAUUAAUAUUAGUAUAGUAUUAAUUUGGUUAGGUACUUUAAUUCAAUUGUCGAUAUUAAUUGUUAUAAAUUAAAUUAUUACUAUUAUCAUUUAUCAGUUCGUUUAUUAUUUCGAAGGGGAAAUAAGAGGGGAUGAAACCGGUGUAAAUAGUAUGCACCGUAUACACGUGAUGGUGUAGAAAAAUUAAACCGGUGUCGUUCAUUUUAACACCGGUUACAACAAAAAAUUUCUCAAAUUCACACUUGUUUUGAUUUUCAAAGGGAAAUUUACACCGGUUUGUACCAACGAAUUUCUAUUAAGUGUACGAUGUGAUAACAAAUAAGUAUGGUCUAUUGCAGUGAUAAUGAUAUUUCGAACGUUGUACAAACUACAUCUAGAAAUUCGUAACUGGUAAUAAAAACCGGUGUAAAUUUCCCCUUGAAAAUUAAACCGGUGUGAAUUUGAACAAUUUUUUUGAAGUAAUCGGUGUUAAAGUAAACGACACCGGUCCGCACCAUCACAUGCAUAUGGUGCAAACUAUUUACACCGGUUUCAUCCCCCUCGAAAUAGUAAACGAACAGAUAAAUAAUAAUAAUAAUAAUUUAAUUGAUAAAAAUUAAUAUCUAUUCAAAAUCAUUUUUAUUAAGUACUUAUUAGCGGGAAAUUGAAAGUUUAAUAUACUAAUAAUUUAAAUAAUUGAUUAUUGUUUAAUUGAUAGUAUCAACAUUGUUAAUUUUGAACAAUGGUGGAGAUACACCGAUUUCCAUCGUCGAAUAUCUAUACUGGUGUAGAAUAAUGAAUUUCUGAUAAAGCUUGAAAGUUUUGGUAAUGAUGCCAUAAGAAAGUAAAUUAAAAAGACAAUAAAAAAGGUGUCUUAUGAUUUUUUAAUUAAAUCAUUUUUUCUGGUAGAUAAUGUCCGUAUUUUUAUAAAAUAAUGAAAUCGUGAAAUUGUACGUUUUCCUACGUUUUUUCCCAUUUAAGUCCUUUUAUUUAAAAAAUGCCGUUGAAAAUCAAAAAAUGACAUGUUCUUUAGAGUACAAUCAAGAUAACUUGAGCUUUCAUAAAAGUUGCUACACGUGAAAAUCGGAGCAAGUUUACUAAGAAAAAACGUGUCCACAGACUAGAACAAAGAAGAAGAAAGAAAAAAAUUAAUAGCAUUGUAAAACCAAUAGCCCCCUCGCUAUGCUCGGAAUCUAAAAACAUAAUUAUAUUAUAAAUUAAUUUAUUGUAAAAAAAAUCUAAAUAUUCUUAGGCUAUAAUAUUAAACUAAAUUUAUAUCCUAAGAAAUAAAAUACAAAACAAUGAUGUAGUAAAAUAAUAUCUAUUCGGUAUGGCCCAUAAGUAGGUAUUUAAGAAUUCUACGAAUAUUUUGCCAGGUUAUCAGUGUGAUUAUUCAAUUCCAAAAGGGAGUAUAAAUAUUUUGCGUUGCUGUUGCGUUGCUGCACACUGAUCCUGUGGUAACAUUUUUAACGAUUGAUCUUUUGGUAUUUACAUUUCUCCAUUAAUUCUUAACAGUAUCUGUUACAUUUUCAAUAUAAUGUUUGCCAGGAAAAUCCGUCUCAUUUUGGGUCUCCAAUACCCGUAGCAGAAGUCAUGUCAGGGGCAAGCCUUACAAAUGUGAUGUGUGUGAGGAGACAUUUUCUCAAACAAUUUACCACUUCCGUUACAAUAAGGUUUUAUUUAUAUGCGCCUUAAAGUUAAAACACUAGGUUUCAAAAUUUGAGAUACUUAUUCAAGAUUGCUCGAUGCGUUAUCAUUAUCCAAAUACUUAUUAUAAUAUUUUAUCUAUAUUAGUGUUUGCAUUUUUCAAGUUCGCUAAUUAUCUAAGUAUCUUUUUAAAUCUUGGUUUAUGUCUAAUCCUAACACGAAAACGAACUGCAUAUGUAAAAUUAUUUUUUCUAACUUAUAAUUAUUCUAACCACAUGUAGUGAGGAAUCGGUUAUGGGAUGGACCAUGGAUAUAGUAGUUCGGAUUCGUGUUUGAGAAUAUGUUUUUUUACACAAACAGUGGUGUGGUUUUUCCCUGCUAUAAAUCCUUUUAUAGCUAUUUCAACGGUUCAGACAAGGUGAUUUUUUCUUGCACAUAUCACAUCUGUAAAGUUUUUCCCUGCUAUGAAUUCUUUUAUGGGUAUUUCAAUGGCUCGAAUGAGAUGAUUUUUUCUGGCAAACAUCACAUUGGUGAAGUUUUUCUCCGCUAUGAUAAAUUUUGUGUAAUUAAUAAUAAAAAAAAAAAUAAGUAACAUAAUUUAAUAUAAUUUUGACAGAGUCCUUUAAAUAGAAUACUAGUAAUUUAGUAGUAGGUUAGUCGGGGUAGUAUAAGUACCUACGCAAAAUUUUUCGUGGUUUUUAUGAAUCAGGACUCAAUCUGAAAGUGGUUGCUACCAUGUCUGUGGGAUAUGACCAAGUGGACUUAAAAUCCUUGAAAAAAUAUGGCGUGCGUUUAGGAAAUACGCCAGGUGUAUUGACUGAAGUAGCUGAAAUCGCACUGGGCCUCGUCAUUGUCACCACCAGAAGAUUUUUUGAAGUGAACCGAGAAUUAAAAACGUAAGUGUUGCUUAACAUCCAUUAACGAUUGCAAAAAAUUGUGCUGGUUUUUCUGUUCAAGGUUCAUUUUUCGAAUAUUUAUAAUUGAACUUUUUAUGUUUAUAAAGCAAUGGAAUCAAUUUAAAAGUUACAAACUCAACACAGUAUCUACCCCUCCAGACUCCCAAUACUCCCUCAUAAAAAACACCACUGACCUUUCUAUAUAAUAUAGGUAAAUAAUUAUUACACUGAAUAUGGUUAAUAGAUAUACAUUUUUAUGUUUUUCAUUUAGGGGUGGAUGGAAAGGGUGGACUCAGAACUGGAUGUGUGGUAGAGACAUAAACGGCUCGGUUGUGGAAAAAUUGAUACGUCAAUCGCCGAGAAAUUAA